CAUGACGUUGCCGCAUUUGCAAUAAAAAAAAAACUAUCUCCCUCAAAACGAAUCCAAAAUACGCAAAACACUUCCUAGUUUGAAAGAGAUGACGUUUCGGGAUGCGUCACCACGCGACCCCACCGCGCUAUUGCACCGGAAAAUCUUAACCUAGAAAACGGCAAACGAUUACGUCAAUAGGCGAUUUCAUUCGCAUCCUCUCGACCCCGCACUGUUAUUGUUUGUUAUUGUAAUUCCAAAUAGAUAUCCUAUCCUUCUAAAAGUAGUGUGAAAUAACUGCUGCAGUCAGUGGAGCUUUCAAACGGUCUAAAUUACAACGCGGGUUAAUUUGUGUGAAUCGAAAUUAAAGAUAAAAAACUAUGUCGUAAGUGAAAAUAAAUAAUUAUGCAAUAACUAGAAUGUAAGUAACUUUUAAGUAUAAAUUGUGUAGUGAAGUGUUAAAAGUGGAGAAUAUAACGAGUAGCAAGAAAAAUGCCGGGUUUACCCCGGUGACCGAUAGAUACAGUGUUAUACUGACGAUAUCAACCAACGCUUCAGACGGAUUCGCUUUGAUAAACGAUUACAACGCUGCCCCGCUGUUCGCCUCUGAAAACGCCUCCAGUGAAGUGUGGAGUGCGGGCGGCGGGGCCAGCGGCGGUGCAGCAGCAUGCGGUAGCAGCGGCAUGGAUCUUAAACACGAAGUGGCAUACCGCGGCCUACCAAGCCAGGUCAAAGCCGAGCCGGGAGUCAGCCACAACGGACACCAGGUCAACGGUCACGUGCGGGACUGGAUGGCGGGAGGGGGCGCCGCGGGGGGCGGGUCCCCGUCCCCUCAAGCAGCCCAGCCUCAGCCAAACAACGGCUACUCCUCCCCGCUAUCCUCGAGCAGCUACGGCCCGUACAGUCCCAAUGGAAAAAUAGGUCGAGAGGAUUUGUCACCGGCAUCGAGUGUAAAUGGAUGUAGUUCAGAUGCGCGGCGACAAAAGAAGGGACCCGCGCCACGUCAACAAGAAGAGUUAUGCCUCGUCUGCGGUGAUAGAGCUUCAGGAUAUCAUUAUAAUGCGCUCACAUGUGAAGGAUGCAAAGGAUUCUUUAGGCGGAGUGUUACCAAAAAUGCGGUAUAUAUAUGCAAAUUUGGUCAUGCGUGCGAAAUGGAUAUGUAUAUGCGGCGGAAAUGUCAAGAGUGUCGGUUAAAAAAAUGUUUGGCAGUGGGCAUGAGGCCAGAGUGUGUGGUUCCGGAAGGCACGUGUGCACUGAAAAGAAAAGAAAAGAGGGCACAAAGAGAAAAAGACAAACUGCCGGUCAGCACAACAACAGUAGACGAUCACAUGCCACCCAUAAUGCAGUGUGAUCCACCACCCCCAGAAGCAGCAAGGAUUCACGAAGUGGUCCCGAGGUUCCUCUCCGACAAGCUGUUGGAGCAGAAUCGGCUAAAGAACAUCCCUCCCCUGACCGCAAACCAGCAGUUUUUGAUCGCGAGGCUCGUCUGGUACCAGGACGGAUACGAGCAACCAUCAGAAGAGGAUCUCAAGAGGGUGACACAGACGUGGCAACAGACAGACGAAGAUGAUGAAGAAUCUGACAUGCCGUUCAGGCAGAUCACUGAGAUGACCAUCCUCACAGUGCAGCUAAUAGUGGAAUUCGCGAAAGGACUGCCAGGCUUCUCCAAAAUUUCACAACCAGAUCAGAUAACGUUACUAAAAGCUUGCUCAAGUGAAGUGAUGAUGCUGCGAGUGGCGCGGCGGUAUGAUGCCGCGACGGACAGCGUUCUGUUUGCAAACAACCAGGCGUACACCCGCGACAAUUAUCGUAAAGCUGGCAUGGCCUACGUCAUCGAAGACCUGUUGCAUUUCUGCCGGUGCAUGUAUUCAAUGUCCAUGGACAAUGUACACUACGCCUUACUAACAGCUGUCGUCAUUUUUUCUGACCGACCAGGCCUCGAGCAACCGCAACUAGUUGAGGAGAUCCAGAGAUACUAUCUGAACACAUUGAGGGUGUACAUCUUGAAUCAGCACAGCGCGUCGCCGCGGUGUGCGGUCAUCUUCGGGAAGAUCCUCGCGGUGCUCACAGAGCUCCGCACACUCGGUAUGCAGAAUUCCAAUAUGUGCAUCUCGCUCAAACUGAAGAACAGGAAGCUGCCGCCGUUCCUGGAGGAGAUUUGGGACGUGGCGGACAUGUCGACGGCGCAGCCGCCCGUGCUGGAUCCCUCCACAGAGCUCUAGCCCUUGCGCGGCCUCGGCGCCAAGCUGCCCAAACCCGCCCCCGCACCCGCCGCCGCCCCCGCCGCCGCCGUCGUCGCCGCCCGCGGCCUGCUGUGACCACACCGGACUACGCAUGUAAUCCUCUGUGCGCAGACGACGAGUGACGAGCGACGAGCGGCCGACGGCGCGCCCCCGAGGAGAGAACGCUCAUAGACUGGCUAGUUUAAGUGAAGUGCUCGGACACACAAGUCGGACGUGAUGAAAGUAUUUAUAAGGAUUGUGCAAAUUUAACCACUUAAGAGGGCACCCCGCCCGAUUUCGUACGUAUUCGGUGACCGACGACGAUGAUGUGCGAGAGAUAAGUGAAUAUAUGUGUUGUUGAACGUUUGGAGAAUAUAUAUAGUGUUGAUUGUUUGCAGGCCCGGCGCCGGCCCAAACGACCUCGUCUCGUUUUGGCUGACGCGUGUCUCGGGUCCAAGUUUUUUCGUUUACGACUGGAUACUGAGUUGGUCACUCGGAUACGACUGUAUGAUAAGACUACGUUCGAUAAGUACACCUCCUAAAUUACAGAUACGUACAUACUACGAGAGUUAUAAAUUUAAAGUAAUAUAUGAGAUGUUUCUAUUGGGUGAAAAGUUGAUAUGUUUAUUUACCAAAAUUAACUAUAUGUUGAUUAACAUUUUCGAUUAAUAUAUAAUGUGAUGAGUGGUUCGCGAGGUAACGUCCCGCGGUUAGUUUGGCCGCCUGUAGUACUAGAUUCGAGGCUGAACUGGUGCUAGUAGGAGUGGAUCGAAUCUCAUCGUCAGUGCGGCGGUGGGUGCGCCUGCGCCGCUACUACCGGCGGACGUUACUGUCGGUGAUAUAUGCCGCGGUGUUUGUUUAUAUAUAGUUUAUGUCAGACGUGUUAUCGUGUCCCGUCGAUUUUAGUUCCGAUUCAUGUUCCAUUGUCCUGUGCCCACGUCCCUCUAGUAAACGAGUAAUUAUAAUUUAUUAUCGCUGUGAUUACAUUUAUAACAUGUUGAAUUAUCUUACGUAGGCUGAAAUAAGUGUGUCUUAUUACGUAUAAAACUGUCAUGCGGAGCUUUCACGAAAGAAAAUUAUGUUGUUGUUUUGAAUUUUUUAAUGAUUCAUACAUACUUCGCAUUUUACACUUACGUACUGCAGUGUAGCGUCCGUGUUGCAUUGUGUGCCACUGUGCUGUUUGUAUGAUUCGUUUAGAUUAGGCAAGCUGCAGGACCAGCUAAUGUCACUUACCACUUGCUGUAAGGCCAAAUGUUACAAGAAUGUCUGUGCAAUUUAUUCCAUAAGCAUAAAAUAAUAAUAACACAUUAAAUUAUAUGGACUAUGUGUACGUGUCACAUUAUCUAAAUUAUACUCGUACAUAGAUAUAAGGAGGCAGGUUUGGUUAGAAAAUCCCAGUUUUGUAUUUAUUGUCGGAUAUUAGGUAUAUAAUAGUAAUUUAUUUAUAUGACAUUGCGUGCAAGUAUUAAGGCAGCUGUUAUGUAGGCAUGAAAUUAGAAAGUUCGUAGGUUCAGUUCUGUUCGGCUUUAAUUUACUUAUACGUAUUCUAUAUAGGACACGACAAGAAACCUUUAAUUGUAUAAUGAAAUUAAAGUACAAAAUGGCAGCUAAUUUAUAAAAGAUUUAAAAUAUAAACUACAACUGUAUUUGGCCGAGCUUACUAUGGGAACAAUAUUGGUGUAGUAGACACUGCAAUUAUACGGUUUUUGUGCACGCAAAUUGUCACCACGCCCAAUGCGUAUGGCCAAAUCUGUCUCCAUGAAAGAAAUGAAACUAUAAAUGUUAUUCUUGAACAUUGAAAACUGCCCAUGAAAGUUAUUACAAUCCAUAUUAUGAUAUGCCUUAUUUCGCGUUACCUGUAUUGUGUACCUACAUUGUUGAUGAGUGGGAAAUCAUAGUAUAUAGAACCUAAAAUUAAUCGAUCUCAAUUACCCAUAAGCGUUGUUAAGCGGUUUUCCGUCGCCGGGCAUUCUUCGUUACGGUAGCUCAUUCGGCGACUCCAUCUGUUGUACAGUGUGUGUCUCAAAGCCUCCGAUGUUUGUUGCAAGAUGUAGAACACCAAUUUAUCGCGUCGCGUCGCAUCUUCGUGUUCGCUGCGUCGACACAAAUCGACGAUUUCACCAUCCAUACAUUUUACACGUUUAAGGAGUAAUUAAGUGUCUGUUCGGUGCGUGUUGAAUGUGUCUUCUUUACAUGCCAUUAAGUGUGUUGUAUAUUUACAUAAUCGGUAUGCAUGCGUCUUUUGGAAAUGCAUUUCUUAAUAUACGUAUAAAAUUCAGCGUGAAACGAUCGGGCUUGCACCGCGGACCGCGCGCUAGUCCGCUUCAAUACAUCUUUUCGACAUAUAUAUAAUUUUAUUCUAGCAGUAGGCGAUUCUAAAAUAGAUAUUGAUGCACAAAACGUCACUGGAGUGUCUUAGGGGUCUCUGCUGUUAUAGGGGCGUCUUCAUAACGAACACACUGCCAUUAUGAACGUAUAUACGUGACGGAUCUAUUAUGCGUGAGAUGAGAUCCGUCGAAUCGCGGUCAGUAGUUAGAGUUGAUCUAUCCCGCAUAAUGUACGCUACGAUGCGAUGCCUUAUAACUGAGAUGUGGUCGUAAAGCGUGUGCGGCGAGUACACGACCUUUAUUUACUUACGUCUACAUCAGAGGUUUGUGACAAAUAUAACUGCCAUUGGAUAAGUAAUUGUUAAUACUUACAUCAUUUGAACGCGUAGUUUCAUGUUAGCUUCAUAGUUUUCGGUACCCGUCGGUGCACAGCCGGUCGUAUUUGAUACAUAUUAUUCAAUUUCGAAAUUGUAAUAGGUUUAUUAAGUAUAAUAAUCUCACAUGAGAAACUAAUAAUUAAUGAGAUACCCUAAUAUAAUUUGUGUCUUUAGCUAAUAAUGAAACAUUAGUAAGAUGAUAAGUUUAUAUCGCUUAUUGGGAUAAUGAUGUAAAAGCGAGACAGCACACUUGAGCACCCGCUGAGUCAACAUGUGGAAGGGAGAGGGGGAGAUGUAACGACAAGACUGGCCGAGGAAGUACGAUGUUCGACUGUUACAACCUGUUGUCCUUCAAUGCCUUUUGAAUCUACAUUUUUAUUAGUUUUUAUGUACGGAAGCACUAAGUAUUGUAGUGACCAAGCGUGGCACGUCCAGUCUAUUAAAAUGAUGGACUUAAUUCGGGAAAGUCUACAUAAUAAUGUCCAUUAACUUUGUAUAUAGAUACCUUUAGAUUCUAUUGUCAUAUGUUUGACAUAUGUACGUUUAAUUUUAUUCAUCUAAGAAAGUACAGAUGGCUGUUGUUAUUUUUAUAUUAUUUGGGUAGAAGUAUAUUUUUUGUAAAUGACCUCUGUAUUUAUCUUUUGUAAACUUUGUAAGCCAUAGGGACUUAGUAUAGUGUACGAGCUACGAACAUUGUGAUUGCUAAUUUCAAUUGAAUUUGUAUUUACCUAUCAUUUGUUCUGCGUAUAUAUUCUUUGUUUCGACAGAUUUUUCUUAAUAAUUUUGUUACUUCAGAGUGCAAUAUGUACAAAUAUUUACAUAUUAAAUAUAAAUUGUACAGUCAAUUUUUAGUUUUAAUGUGUCUAUGCAAUAUCCUUUUAUUCAUUCGUUGAAUGUACACUAAAAGGCAUAAUAAAUAUAUCACAAGUGAGUUGCGAUGCAACAUUCACUAUCACUAUUGUGUUUCUAAUACUUAAGCGAUUAAUUUUAUAUAGGAGGACUAGGUGAUUUUUGUAUUUAAAUUUGCUAAUUUUUUUGUAGCAGAUUAGAUUUGUUUACAUUGAUAAGAUGAAUAAUGUACAUUUUGAAUUGAUUUUUAAAGUGAUUUAGUUGUUAUUUAGUAACGAAUUUUGUUAGGUGUAACUGGGCAACAUCGCGAGGUGGCACUUAGCCGCUUCGUCGCCUAGAUGCCUAGCCGCCUAGCUAGCCGAUACCAGUGCAUCGAGAGCAAUGUGCAAUGUCCGUAUAAUAAUCAACUGCAUUCGCUGCAGUAUUUCUGUCAUAUUUCCGAUACUUGCGCCAGUUACACUGCCAUCCGCUAACAUUUGGCAUCUCUGUGUUCUGAGAUUGCAUUUGUUCUGUACGUCAUUUUAUUUUUGGAAAUAGAACGCCGUACACCUAUGGUGGACUAACAAUUUAAUGUAAUAUAAACCAUGUUGUGUACGUCAUAAGUAGUAUUUAUGCGGCCUUAGAUCUUUCCUAGUUUUCAUAAUGACAUUUGAUUAUACAACUGGCGUACAGAACAAAAGAAAUUCAAUAUAGAUGUUUGUACACUACUAAGGCCAAGUUUUUAUACAUUUCUAGUGCCACGUGGAACGUUGGGAAUGCUGACAUUACGCUCUAAGGGCCCAUUCCGUGUUCGUUGUAACACAUUAUUGUAUAUUGUUUUCAUAUUUUUUUUAGUCGACAGUAACAAUUUUUUUCUUCCUAUUACUUUGCCUUAGUAACUACUCUGUUAUCUUAUGAUUUAACUACAGCGGUGAAGCAAAUUAGAUAUAGGGAACAGACAUGACGAUAUGUUAAAAUUUUAGAGAGUCAACUUUUAUAAAAACUACAAAAAUAAACCAUGAAAAGGUGUGUACAAAAUGAGGAAAUUUGUAUGAAACAUUGUUAUGCGAAUAAACUUACACCAGAAGAUAAAAAUAUA